UGCUGAGAUUAUUCUCAAACACACUGUGUAAGAGAGAUAGCUCUAGAUUGUAGGCAUUUAUAAGAAAAAAUAAUUUAUUAAUUCAUAUAACCAGCAAAGGAAAUUAGCUAAGGUUUAUUUUUCAUACCAAGUUUAUUAAGAUUUGUUAAAGUUCGUGCAAAAUAGUAAUUAAAGAUCAAGACUACAAUGGACUUCAAAGAGUGGAUCAUUCCUUUCCUGGACUUGACGACAAUUGGUCUCUGCAUUGUAUGCAAACUUCCUCAAAUUGUGGCCAUCCUUAAAAGCAAGAGUUCGAUAGGACUUUCAGUUAACUCUGUCAUGGUGGAGUUGUUCGGGUACAGCAUAGUUCUCGGAUAUAAUUGGGUGCAGGGUUACCCAAUCUCAUCUUUUAUGGAGUACUUCUUCCUGGUAUCCGGGGACAUUGUGCUUAUCUUUGUCAUCUUUUACUAUAUGGGAACCCUGGACGUGAUGAAAGUGGGUGGGGCUGGCGUCUAUAUCACUGUCCUUGUUGGAUUCACGCAAGGCGUCCCACACCCGCAGAUACUUCCAGUGCUCAUGAAAUUUGCAACUCCGUGCUCCGCUUCCAGCAAAAUCCUCCAGCUAAAGGAAAUGUGGCGAAUUGGAAACUCGGAUUCGGUCUCUACUUUAACCUGGCUUAUUGCUGCAUACACCUGCGUCACCCGGAUAGUCACAAAUCUUAUGCUCACUGGUGAUCUCCCACUGCUCAUCAACUACGGCGUUGCUCUAACUCUCAACGUCGGGAUCAUCUUGUCUGCCCUCUACUUACGGAAAAAUCCUGCGACUGCAAUUAAUCCACUUAAAUCUCAAGACGACGUAGGGAGUUCUCAAUCUUCGUCCAAGUUGAAGUAGAAAUUAAAUUGAAAAAGUAUUUUCUGUUCUAUUGUUCGCUGGACACCCAGAUUGAUGGAAUUGACUGGACAUGCAAUCAUUCGUCGCUUAUAAAAUAAUUAAGCUAACGAAUGUUUAAUUGGUUUAUUCUCACAAAGUGGAUUUAGCCAGCUAUUAGUAAAUGUUGUUCAGGAUUGUAUUUCUUGGCACCAUAUUAUGCAAGGGUAUUACCAACUGCAAUUGUGUUGCUUCAUAAUUCUGUAUAAGACAAUUCAAAAAUAUCCGAACCAUCAAAUAUUCCGAAAGUGCUAAAUGUGAUUUACUUGGAAAUUUUAGACACUCUGUAUGUGUUUGAUUCAUGAUAAAGUAUUCUGUGAUUACAUAACGUCUCAUAAAAUGUAACGAUUUGAAUUUUUCAAGCCUUGGUACUUUCCAGAUAUUCCUAUGUAGUGUAAUUAAUUCAAACCUCUAUUAAUUAUCAAAGACUGAUUGAUGUUAUCACUUUAAAUUAAGUUUAUAUGACAUCAUUUUUUGUAAUUAAUUAUAGUGAAGAUUGUUCGUAUUUAUCUAGUUCAAAAUAAAUUAUUACCAUAAAACGUUCGAGCGUGAUCA